AUGGCAUGGGCAUGUUCUGCAACAAGCAAUGAAGGGCUUGUACAAAAGCUAUUUCAAGCCAGCAUUAUCACAAAAGAACGAGUUGUUCAAGCAAUGACGGCAGUGGACAGAAAGGACUUUUGUCCAAGAGAUCCGUACGAGGAUAGCCCACAGGGCAUUGGCUAUGGAGUGACUAUCUCAGCCCCACAUAUGCACGGAUACGCUUUGGAUAAUUUGGAGUCCUUUUUGAAACCUGGAAUGAAAGCCUUGGAUAUAGGUUCUGGAUCCGGCUAUUUAACAGCCUGUAUGGCGAGCAUGGUUGGCUCAUCGGGAAAAGUGGUUGGAGUGGAACAUAUAAGUGAAUUGGUCGACUCUGCAAAACGCAGCGUACAGAAAAAUCAUUCAGAUUAUCAUCAAUUGGAAUUUGUAGCAGCCGAUGGGAGAUUAGGAUAUGAAAAAGAAGCGCCUUUUGACUGCAUACACGUGGGCGCUGCUGCUCCAGUAACUCCUCAAUCAUUGAUAAGUCAACUCAAAAGCCCCGGAAGAUUGUUUAUUCCUGUUGGUAAACAAGAUGAACAGCAAUGGAUUAUGCUGUACGACAAAGAUGAAAAUGGUCAUGUCACAGAAACCAAAUGGCUUAGUGUCAGGUAUGUACCCUUGACUGAUGUGCACAGUCAAAAGACGAUUUAUGGAUAA